AGUCAAUGAGGGGCAUUGUAGACGUCCUGGGCCAGCCAGCUGACCACCUUCUCUGUGCUGGGAAAUGCACACAAAAUUUUUUCAAGGUGGAAAAGCACUUGGACAGCCCAAGAUGGUGGAUGAAGACCCCAAGGGAAUACCAGCUUGACACUGGAAUUGAGCCGAAAACAUGGGACACAACAAUCAGAAGUCUGGAUGACCUGAUAACACACAACCCAGACACACGGGAAUCCAUUGAGCUGGAGGAUCAGAGAGCCUUUGUCAGCCUCCUGACAUGCCUUCUACAUACAGACCCAGAGAAGAGAAUCACUCCGGGGAAGGCUCUCGAUCACCCUUUUGUAACAAUGGUCCAUCUGGAAGACGAAAUAGACACCAGCUUUUAUGUUGAAGAUUCUUUAGAGAAAAUGAGGAUCUUACCAAUGGACAACAUGGACCUAUUUCUUGACUGUGCGGCUGAGGAAGAGCCCAAAGAGGAAGAGCCUUCGGCCAUACCUCGUCAUACAGACGCAGGCUCAGUCCUUCCUGGCUCCUGUGAUGGCAUUAAAAACAUGCCUCAGUCUUCUGAAGGAGCAGAAGCUGCUGCAGGAAUAGACACUACUGGCUCGGCUAUAAAGGAACCAACUGUUAGCCAAGGUGCAACCAGUCCAGCUGAGGAUGCAUCGGCCAGUGGCGGGUCACCCGAUGAAAGUCUGCCUGCUAAAGUCAAGAAGAGCCCGCUGAAGAGAGUCCGAAAAUUCUUUGGCAGGGCAAUAAGGACCAUUUUACGACUGAAAAAAGUCAAUAAAUAAA